AAACCCAACGAAGGCCUAAUUGUGACCAUACUUGUAAUACAAGGCAAUUUCAAAAAUCAUGGUCCCACUUUUCCAUACCCUCCGUACAUCGAGGGCAGACAGUAUUAAUCACCAAGGUUUGAAGGUUCAGAUUUGUAAAUGUAGGGAUAUAAUUGUUAGCAAUUUUGCAGAUUGUAAUCUUAAUCUUAGUGGGAAGUUUAAGGCUGUAGAGCUUCCUAUAAAAAGCAUUAGAAAUGGUCAGUAAAUCAUUAAAAUUAGUCCCAAAAAUACCUACUUGUAAUAGUUUAUAGGCACUCCGGAUCGAGAACUUCCCCUAGUGUUCACCCCGCCACACCACAAAGUCAUCAUGUUGCACGUUGGCCAAUAGUAUCCGUAGAAUUCGUUUUGCAUCCCCAGACGAGAAGGUAUUGAACACAAUCUCCUUAUUCCAAUCCCUCGUAAUAUUAUCAAUAAGUUAUGCCACAAAGGAAACAACAUUAUUUUGCAUGUCAUCACAUAAUUUGUAAUUAACUGAACCUGGAAUCCAUGCAUGCUCCGAGAUUAAAAUGCUUUCCCCCGAACUAACUCGCCAGCACAAGCCCUUUUGCAAUAAACCUUGGCAGCCUAACGUGCUGUUUGGUUGGGUGUAAUGGGUAUGCCAUUACAGCCCUAUUCCGUGGACCCCACCUAUUCCGUCGUUUGGUUGGGUGUAAUGCCCUAUUACGGGCUUAUUACAUUACGCCCCUAUUCCUAAAAUCUGCUGCUUUCUAUUCCCUUCCAAAAGCUCAGUUUUGCUUCCCCAUUACAGCUCUCGAUUUCAUCUGCCCUGUUUUACCCUCCCAACCCGAAAGCCACCUCCACCCUCUCCCUCCCAACAUGAAACAGAAGCUGCCAGCAAAUCUUUUGUUCCUGAAGCCGCCACAACUGCUUCUUCGUCAUCACUCAUCAGCAGAAUGCUUCUUCUUCUUCAUCCACUCGCCGGCCGCCAGUCAUCCGUGUCCAUUUUCGGACAACGGUGUCUUGACAGUUCGUAUUCUGUAGGACACCAGUACGAGAGGGGAAAAUCCGUGUUGGUGCUUCUCCAUUGCCUGACAUCCUCAUACAAGAAAGCUUGACAUAACUGCAAUCAUAGCUGAGAUUUACAUUUGGAGCUUCAAUGGCGAUUUCAUCUCUCCCUUGUAUUCAACCUGUAAGAGUUCCUUUCAAAGCUUGUAGCUUCUUUCCUGCUGGUGUUUGUGGUGGAUUCAAAAAUAAGAAAAGGAUAAAUGCUGUUGUUUUUUCUUCGUUGAGGAAAAUUUCCAACGAUAUCAACAUUGAAUCCAAGGUUGAUACAUUGUUGGACAGUAUCAAAUGGGAUGACAAAGGUUUAGCAGUGGCUAUAGCUCAAAAUGUUGACACUGGAGCCAUAUUAAUGCAAGGCUUUGUCAACAGGGAUGCACUAGCUACAACUAUCACUUCUAGGAAGGCAACGUUCUUCAGUCGAUCACGGGCAACAUUGUGGACAAAAGGAGAAACUUCCAACAAUUUCAUCAACAUUUAUGACAUAUUUGUUGAUUGUGAUCGCGAUUCUAUAAUUUACCUUGGGAAGCCUGAUGGUCCUACCUGCCACACAGGGUCAGAGACAUGCUAUUUCACAUCAAUAGGAGAUUUGUUUAAGGAGCAAGAAGUUGAAGAAACUAACUUGGCAUUGACAACUUUAUACUCAUUAGAGGCUACAAUUUCUAAAAGAGAAUUAGAGUUAGCAGGGAAACAUGGAAAGCCUUCGUGGACUAAACGGCUCUUACUUGAUGAAAACUUGUUGUGCUCAAAAAUCCGGGAAGAAGCAGAUGAGUUGUGCCGAACGCUGGAGGAGAAAGAGGACAGUUCAUGUACUGCCUCAGAAAUGGCAGAUGUGAUCUACCAUGCUAUGGUUUUGCUAAGGCGCAAAGAUGUAAAGAUAGAAAAUGUUCUAGAAGUUCUUCGGCGAAGAUUCUCUCAAUCGGGUAUAGAGGAGAAGCAAAGUCGUGCAUCAACCGAGAGUUAAAUGUAAGUUGUACUUUUGCUAAGGUCUAGAUUUGUAGCUUUUAUCCCAUGUUUAGGUUGUUUUCAAUAAAUUCGAAAUAACCUAUCUCUGUCAUAAUUACCAGUUUUUUUGCUUUUCUUUUCGAAGUAGCUGUAUUUUGAUUUUACUUGACCUUUUCUUGUAUCACAAUAAGAUGCAUUUUGUUUCUUAA